AUUCGCCCCUGGCUCGUGGGUAGCGCCUCUGCUCGCCUCUGGCACGGGAUCGGGGUUGCUGGAGAGGAAAGAAGCCCGGGACCCAUCCUCUUUGGGUGCCUGGGCAUUCUGGCCCCGGUCCCUCGCCACCAAGUCCCCGGAGGGCACCGCCAAAUCGACUCUGGCCACGGCAGAGAGGGAGCCCAAAGCCUGGGGCCCGGCACCGCGGUGGCCUCCCGGGCCGCCCCCGACAGGAAGAAGCUUCGGGAACAAAGGCCCCCUCCCCCCAGAGUCUAGCCUCUGUUCCCGCACCGCCGUCCGUGGAGGAGAAGCAGCCUCCGCCGAGCGCGGGUGGAACCGGGCAGCCCGGAGCGGCCGGCUCCCGCAGGAGAUGCAGCCUCCGGCGGUGCCACCGCGCUGUGGGCACCAGAGGAGGGGCCGGGGCCGUGGGAGCGGCCUGCAUCAUGGUUUCCAGGCUGCCAGGGCCGCCUGCGACGCAGGGCCUCCGGCGGGGAAACCCUGCCUUGCCUUUCGGCUGUCUCUGUGGUUUACUUUCAUCUUUCCGAACCAGGAAAGCAACUGCGGGGAUACGAGGCACCGGCUGGCAAUGCUUCCAUUAGCGCCCUCCAUGUGCUCCUGGGGGUCUAAGCAGAACCCCGAUAACGCGGCCCACACACCGCCAGCUCCCAAGCAGCGUCUGUAGCUGCGGGGGCCUCGGCCCACUCGCUGGGUUCACCUGGAACCCCUCCGACCUGGGGCCCGGCGGCUCCAGGAAAAAAGACCCGGCGCCGAAGAUUCCCCUGGCUGGAUCCUUAGAGCAAAGCUAACAGCAAGCCAAGGACACGAAAAAACAAAAACAAAAAACAAAUUUGCAUGAAAGGACCAUCGGCUCGGUGAUAAAAGUGUGUGGAGUGUGACCUCGCGGCGGAGAAGCGCCACACAAAAGCUCUCUCUAACAGACGCCUGUCCCUCAGGCGCGGCCGGGAUCCUGUCCCUCCCGCACCCGCAAAAACAGAGCCGCGAUUGUAGCUCCUGCCGAGGGCAGGAUUUAUUUCUGCGAUGGGCUAAAUGGCUUUCCCCCCACUCCCCCGAAGGUGAUCUCUGCAUUUUCACAUUUCAGAGCUGCCGGCAUGACGGGCAGAACCGACCCCAACCUCGACAUAAAAACAAGAGGGGCUGCACAGCACAGCGGGGGAAAUAAAAGUUGUCGCAAAUAAAAACCCAAGGCACCGUCUCCCCCACCCCAGCCCUCUGCAUCCUCGCCGGGCACGCGAUCGGCAGCUGACGGCCUCACAAUUGGUACAUCCUAAUGGAACUGCGAGGGAAAUGCAAUAAUUUUGCCAUAAUGGGCCGUAACCUCGAUUCGACCCCGGCCCUCGCAGCCCCGGGUCGGGAGCGGCGCGAUGAGCCCUGCCUCCAGCGGGUGGCGCUCGAGUCCGACUGAACGGCGGCGGCGGGCGGCGGGCACGCGCCCGGGGCGCGCGCCCCACCCCUCUCGCCUCCACCCAGCUCCCCCAUUAGUGCGCGAGUUUACCUCUAGAGGUCAUCAGGCAGGAUUUACGACUGGACAACAAAAGCACGUGAUUCGGAGCCGUACCCCAUAUUUGGGUGCCUACGUAGGAGGGAACCAAGUACAUGUCCCAGUCAUUUCCAUAAUUCAUCAUAAAUUGUGCAAGGGUGCUAUAGACGCACAAACGACCGCGAGCCACAAAUCAAGCACACAUAUCAAAAAACAAAUGAGCUCUUAUUUUGUAAACUCAUUUUGCGGUCGCUAUCCAAAUGGCCCGGACUACCAGUUGCAUAAUUAUGGAGAUCAUAGUUCCGUGAGCGAGCAAUUCAGGGACUCGGCGAGCAUGCACUCCGGCAGGUACGGCUACGGCUACAAUGGCAUGGAUCUCAGCGUCGGCCGCUCGGGCUCCGGCCACUUUGGCUCCUCCGGGGAGCGCGCCCGCGGCUACGCGGCCGGCGCCAGCGCGGCGCCCGCCGAGCCCAGGUACAGCCAGCCGGCCGCGGCCACGCACUCGCCGCCGCCCGACCCGCUGCCCUGCUCCGCCGUGGCCCCCUCGCCCGGCGCCGACAGCCACCACGGCGGGAAAAACUCCCUGGGCGGCUCCAGCGGCGCCCCGGCCCCCGCCGGCGGCACCCACAUCGGCGGCAGAGAGGGGGUUGGCACCGCGGCGUCCGGAGCCGAGGAGGACGCCCCCGCCAGCAGCGAGCCGGCGAGCGCGCAGAGCGAGCCCAGCCCGGCGCCGCCCGCCCAGCCCCAGAUCUACCCCUGGAUGCGCAAGCUGCACAUAAGCCAUGACAACAUAGGCGGCCCGGAAGGCAAACGGGCCCGGACGGCCUACACGCGCUACCAGACGCUGGAGCUGGAGAAGGAGUUCCACUUCAACCGCUACCUGACCCGCCGGAGGAGGAUCGAAAUAGCACAUGCUCUUUGCCUCUCCGAGAGACAGAUUAAAAUCUGGUUCCAAAACCGGAGGAUGAAGUGGAAAAAAGAUAAUAAGCUGAAAAGCAUGAGCAUGGCCGCCGCGGGAGGGGCCUUCCGCCCCUGAGUAUUUGAGCGUUUAAAGUACUGAGCAGUAUUAGCGGACCCCGCGUAGUGUCAGUACUAAGGUGACUUUCUGAGACCCCCCCUGUGUUCCUUCUGUGAAGAAGCCCCGUUCUCGUUGCCCUGAUUCAUCUUUUAAUCAUGAGCCUGUUUAUUGCCAUUAUAGCGCCUGUAUAAGUAGAUCUGCUUUCUGUUCAUCUCUUUGUCCUGAAUGGCUUUGUCUUGAAAAAAAAAAUAGAUGUUUUAACUUAUUUAUAUGAAGCAAGCUGUGUUACUUGAAGUAACUAUAACAAAAAAAAAAAGAAAGAAAAGAGAAAAAAAAACACACAAAAAAAAGUCCCCCCCCCUCGACCUCGUUUAGUGCCAAUGUUGUGUGUUGCACUCCAGUUGUUUAACUGUGCAUGUGAGUGGAAGUGUUCCUGUCUCAAUAGCUCCAAGCUGUUAAAGAUAUUUUUAUUCAAACUACCUAUAUUCCUUGUGUAAGUAAUGCUGUUGUAGCGGUGACUUGAUGAGACACAACUUAACUUGUUUGACGUGUAGUGACUAGUGACUCUGUGACGAAAACUGUGACUCCCAGCGGUGUGUCCCUGCGUGCCUUUGUAGGACCCUUUGCACGAACUCUGGAAGUGGCUCUUAUAAGCGCAGCUUCAGUGAUGUAUGUUUUUGUGAACAAAGUUACAAAUAUUGUCCAAGUCUGGCUGUUUAAGCAAACUGUGAUCAGCUUUUUUUUUUUUUUUUUGUAUUUGUUUUUAAGGAAAAAAAAAAUACUGACUGGAAACAAAAACAAAAAAUAAACUUUCUAUUGUAA